AAGCUCAGUUAGCUUGUGGAUUCGAUAGAUUCCAGUGAAAUGAAAACAUGAAGAAUCUUUUGCUAGUAUCUAUUUAUUUUCUGGUAUUAAAUUGGGAACGUAAUGCUGAAGUCGCUGCUAUAAAAGAUGGUCAAGUUUUACAAGACUGGUGGCUAGAGCAAGGAACGGGAACACAAAUCGUAUUCACUUCGGAGGUGCUGAACGCCGAAGAGACAGAGUAUCCUAGCGACAACCACCAAGGUGUAGAGGGCGAUAUUCUCAUAGUAUGUGGAAAAUACAAUAAGGAGCCAGUAAACGAUGAGGACAAUAAGGACAUUGUAAAAGCUGACAUCUACAAAGUCGUGAAAGCCACUGAAACUACCAUAACGUAUGCAUGGCACAUCAAAGAUGGACAGUUGAAAUGUAAGAAAAGAACAUAUGUUGAACAAAAGAAAAAGACCUAUGCUCUAGUAAAUCGAUCAGAACUAAAAUAUGUUGAAUGUCCGGAAGGUUUGGAACAAGUACUGAGAUCCCCGUUGGUUGACAACCCAGCCUUUGGUAUAGUAAAUAUUUUGCCAAGUGGAGAUAACUAUUUUGACAUGAGAUACUUUGAAAACAUGAAAAUGUACCAUCACUUAAAAAGAAGCCCUCAAACUAAGACUCUGAAAGUGGGAAUAUUAUGGGGACUCUUAUCUAAUGAUAGGAUACAAUGUAAUGCCUAUUGCCAUGAUAUUAAUGGUAACAUAGAUACAAUCGUAAUAGCUUCACUCAUUGACGACACUGGCUUAGUUUUGGAAAGUUUUAGAGUGUCCUCUUGCAGUGGCUUACAGAUUAAAUCAUCAAAAACCUCAACUGGAUAUAAAACGAAAUUUAUGCUCGAGAAUAAUGAAUACUAUGAAAGAGAAAUAACAGUGGCCGUUACAGAGAGGAAAGAAUACUAUACAGCAAUUAAACUGAAUGUUGGAGACUUUAUCACAUCAUCAAAUAGACCAUGGAGAUGGUUAUUUAGAAGAUAAGGGAAAAUCUAUUUAUAAAACAGUUUUAAUCAAACUGUCCAACACAAGAUUGUGUUACUGUAUCAGCAAAUAAAAUAUUAACGACUCUU